UGAUACAGAAUUUGAAGCACCAAGUUUUGAAUUAAUUGAUGAAUUACGUCUACCAAGUGAAGUUGGUUCUGGUGAUGUUCAUUCCGAUUUGUUCAGUGUAACAAACGAAAGGAAUUCCUUAGAUUUAUCAACGCUUAUUUUAACAAAUUACACUGAGUUUCGAUUCUACUUGUUAGAUAAUGUAACUUGUGUGUCCAAAGAGGUAAUUCUGGUAUGUCAUGUUCCACGGACAAUAGGUCAACUUGAAGUAUGGCAUUUAGGCCAAUACGACAAACACCUUAGGCUUCUGAAAGUCUCAAAAGUAUCCGACUCUUUCACAAACAAUGAGAAGCGCUAUAUGCUAUUUGACAAUAGCAUUAUAUUAAAAUUAGAAAACUUGUCCCAUAGGGAUAGUGGAUUGUAUAUAUGCAAAAAUGAUUUCUUUUAUAAAAAUGUAACAAUUACAGUUAUGGAUUGUUCAAAAUCAAAUUUAAUCUCUAGGUUCCUCCCACCUAUUCUUAUUUGGAUAAUCAUAUUUAUAACAAUUUCAACUAUCCCUCUAUCAUUGAUAUAUUGUAUACAAAUUAGGCGUAAGUCAAUGCGAACUGUGCUAUCUAUACCUAUUGAUUUUUUGGAUAAAAAUGCAAAAUCGAAACGUGUUGAUGUUUUCCGUAAAAUGAAUUUACUGUACACAAAGCCAGAACAUAAAUUAUUGUUGCAUCACUCCGGCUCUUCUACAUCGUCGUCGCCACCAUCGUCGUCAUUAUCUUCCCCGUUAUCACCAUGUACAAUAUAUUCUCGAUCUGGUUCUUCUAACAUCAGUAGUUUCGAUACAGAUACAAAACAUAAGAUAAUAGAUAUACUUACGUCAUUUUCACAAAGAUUACUAUGUCAACCAUCCAAAUAUUUUUCACAAAAAUAUAGCAUUCUACAAUGUAACGUAAUGCUGUUACAAUGGUUAAAUCAGUAUUUGAAUUCUAGUCCUAAAACAUAUAUACCGAAAUCAUCUUUUACUCUAGAAAAUCUCCUUGGUGAAGGUAAUUAUGGAAUUGUUUAUAAAGGAAAGUUAUCCAUUAAUGCUGACGACGAAAGCAAUUCUAGUGAUACUGAGAUUGCUAUCAAAACGUUGAAAGAUGGAUUUCGAAAUAGGCAAUUAAUUAAUUUAAUUCGAGAAGCGAAAGUUUUAAUUGAGCUAGAACCACAUCCAAAUAUCAUUAAAUUUCAUGGACUAUGCAUAGAUAAUAAUCAUCCAUACAUUCUUCUCGAAUUAGCUGUUCAUGGUAAUUUACGAGAUUUUCUACGAAAUCGUCGACCACCUGGACUCAAUUAUUGGGCAGACGAACGAACAAUCAAUUCAUUAUAUGUAAUUGUGAAAAAUUCAAAUGAUUUCAAAGAAUUUUUAUCUGAUAGUAGAAUUAGACAACAAAGAGUAGAAUUGUUAAAAUUUGCAUUGGAUAUUGCCAAUGCUUUAUUGUAUUUUGAAACAUUAUCUUUGUUUCAUCGAGAUGUUGCAGCAAGAAAUGUUGUUCUUACAGAAGGAUUUGUUGCGAAAUUAUGCGAUUUCGGUUAUGCAUGUACCCAAGAAGAAUCAAAUAAUGGAUACAUGGAAAUGGAUAAAGAUUACUUAGCAGUAAGAUGGAUGGCACCAGAGUGUUUGAUGACAACGAAAUGUUAUACUUCAAAAUGUGAUGUUUGGUCUUAUGGGAUUCUGUUGUGGGAAUUAUUCAGUUUGGGUAAUUCACCAUACCCUGGAUUAGAUAAUGGACAACUAAUCAACUGGUUAAAUAAUGGAAAUCGUAAUCCUAGACCAUACCUAUCCACCAACUCAAUCUACCAGUUGAUGCUAGAGUGCUGGUCACAAGAUCCCGAUAGUCGACCAAGAUUUUAUGACAUUUGUAACCGAAUUGCUGAAAUGAAAUCCAGUUGUGAUGACCCGAAGGAAAACAAUGAUUCAAUGAAGGGAUACGUUGAAUUAAUGUUGGAGCACGAAGAUUACUUGGAACCGCGACAGUAUUUACACUAGGCAAAAAGAAACCAACUUUCAUUUCACAAGAUUAUAAAUUUAUGUACAGUUACUUUUAUUACUAUCAUUAUUAUUAUUAUUAUUAUUACCAUUUUUAUUAUUAUCAUUAUUAUUUUUAUAACUAUCACUAUUAGUAAAACUACUAUGAUUGCAAAUAAUCUAGUACUCCUUUUGGAUUUUUAUUGUGUAUCUGUUUCACCAUGUAUUUGUCUAUGUUCUUGUGUGUUAUGUGUGUGUAUAUGUCUUCUUAUUUAUUCCAUUUCCUAAGCAACAUAUGUAAAUGAGCACACUUUUCAUAGACUCGAAAUAUUUGCCAACAUAUUUUUCUAUUCAUAUUUUGUAUAAAACUAACGACUCUUUUCUUCUUUAGAUAUAAUUAUCCAUUAUUAUUAUUAUUAUUCCCAGUUGUCCUUUUAAUAUGUAAACCUUUUUCAAUGUACUUUUUUGUUAUACUGAUAAUACUUACUAGUUGGAAGGGGGAUCAAGCACUUUUUUAAAGCAAAAUUGUAUUAUCGCUUUUAUGAAUACCAUAUUUUUAAAUAAAUUAACCUAUACAAUUUUGUAUUACUGAUUAUUACUAUUGUUAUUAUUAUAGAUAUUACAUAUUUCUACUUCAAUUUUAAUAAGAUAAACGUGUUAUAUUGAAAUAAGUGUGUUGUCUAUUUUGUUGAAUCGGUGACACUGAGACUGUUAUUC